AUUUGUUAACAUGGGUUGACGUGCAGCUGUCUACAAUCCUAAAAAGGACAGUGCUAGAAUGCAGGUGCAGAUACCUGGCACCCAGCAGCUAGCUGCGGUCCAGUAUGGAGCUCUGCCUCUCCAACAAACGGGCUCCGGCGUGGCAGCCCAAAUGGUAGUGGUGGCGCCCACGUCAACGGUUGCAGCACCUGCGCAGCCUGCCGUAGGCGUAGGCGCCUUGGCACCAGGCACGGUUGCCGCGAAUGCCGCACGGCCGAUGGCCACCACCGCGCCGGGAGCUCCUCGUCAAAAGAAGCGCAAAUUCGGCCAAGAGAAAACGGCAGUCCAGGAGAAGGUCUCAACCGCCAUCCCGGAAUCACCGCUGUACAACCAGCUGCUGGAAAUGGACAGUUUGGUAACUGACAUGAUCAGCCGCCGGAAGGCCGACUUUAAGGAGCCUUUCCCGCCGUACCACGAGCCCGUUAAGCGCGUACUGCGCAUCGCCGUACAGGCUUCGUACGCCCAUCAGCCAGCUCCACCCAAAGCCCCGACCCCGCCGCCUGCCGUACAAACCAACGCCGCUGCCCUCGCCGCCGCCAGCGCCGCCAUGUUCGCCGGCCCCUCCCCCGCCUCCCCCCAAAAACACCCCGCGCCGGAACCCCCCAGUUGGGUUUUAACGGUUUCGGGGCAUCUCGUGGAUCCUGCGGAUCAGCUUGUACGAGCAGCACUGGCGGCUGCCGCUGCGGCGGCGGCGCGCGGCGAUCCUAGCUCCGCCACGUUGCUGCUGCAGGCGCAGCAGCUGGCUGCGCAGCAUAUCGCCCAGCAGCAGGCGGCGGCGGCGUCGGGCGCGACGCGGCAUACCUUGUUCACGGCGGUAAUGCGGCGAGUGGAGGUGGUUCUGGAUCCGGAUCUUUACCCUGGGGAGCUGGGGCGGGUGGCCUGGGACAAGGGCAAUCAUACGGGGCCCCAGCGUGAGGCUAUUGAAGUACGGCGGCAGGGCAGUCGUACAUGCAAGGCCACCGUACUGCUCUGGCCCGAUUACCAGCCGGAAAGGUACGUUCUCCCCCCUCUUCUCGCGGAGGUGCUGGGGAUGAUGGCCCAUGAAACACGAUCGCGCAUCAUGGUGGCACUGUACGGCUUCAUCAAGAGCCGCAGACUGCAGGACCCUAAGAACCCCAUCAACGUCAAGCUGACUCCGGAGCUGGCGCAGAGCUGCAAACUGCUGGCGGUGAUAGUCAUGGUGGUGUUUGGCUGCCGUACACUCAAACUGUCGGACCUGGGGGGUCGGCUCAGCGGGUUGCUGCAGCCGGUACCACCUGUACGAAUUGAGUACAACAUCAAGCUUGAUGACCUGAAGCUAUCCUCACACUCUCAUUCACAUUCCCAUUCACACGCACACGCACACCACCCGGGUUUCGGCCCCCGGGGAUCCCCGACUAUGGCGUCAGUGCUUCAGGGUUAUUACAAGGAGAAGGAGAUUGAGGGUAUGGACGCUAAGCUGGCUAACCUCAUUCGCCGCCUGAACGAGUGUCGCCGGCGGCGGGCUCUGCUGUUGGCCUUCGCUCACAGCCCCGUGGAUGUGACGUACGCGCUGCUGGCGGCACAGGCGGGUUUGCGGUGGAGGAGGCGAGGAGGUGGAGGAGGAGGGGAGAGGGAGAGGGAGAGAGGAGGGCAUGGCAGGGAGGAGGAGGCUCGUGACGUGCGCAUGGCACGUCAGGGUAGCGGUCGGGACUACGAACUGGAGCGGCGCACGGAGGUGUUCAGGCAGCGCUGGGUUGAGGAUGCCGUCAUGAACUACCUGCACAAGCGAUUGGGUCGACCGGAGGGACUGGGGGUGUGA